UUGUAUGCAACCUUUUCAGGACUACUACACAAUAAUCAAAACUCCUAUGGACAUGGGAACAAUCAAGAAAAGGCUUGAGAACAGUUACUACUGGAAUGCCCAAGAAUGUAUCCAAGACUUCAACACAAUGUUCACCAACUGCUACAUAUACAACAAGCCUGGAGAUGACAUAGUCUUAAUGGCUGAGGCUCUAGAGAAGGUUUUCCUCCAAAGGGUCACAGAAAUGCCUCAGGAAGAAACUGAGAUUGUUGUUAUGACGGGGAAAGGACGUGGCCGGGGCCGAAGAGACGGAGGUCUGAACUUGAAACCAGGGCCCAUCAUUGAUUCUUCGUCCUUGACUCCUCAAACACGUGGUCUGUCAAACCUCUCAGCAGCACCGCAGACCAGAGGACCAGUGCAGGGCCCGCCUUCACUACCUCCCCAGCCUUUGAUGCAGGCCCUGCCGUCCCACGUGGCCCCAACAUUACCCAGCCAUGCACCACAGCUCGGAGGUCCCUACUCCCUGGGCCAAUCAGACUGUGCUCCUCAAGUUCCCAUCAUGACUUCUGUGCCUCCCCCUGCUCAGACCUCCCUUCCCCCAGCAUCCAUCCAGAGCACUGCCCCCAUGCUGCAGAGUCCUAUAACCAUGACCAAACAAAGAAAGAGCCAGAAAAGGAAAGCUGACACUACAACGCCCACAGCAAAUGACCAACUGAGUGAGUCUUCACCAGCAGAGUCCAAAUCUGGGAAGACACUACCCAAGCGAGAGAGUACUCGGCCUACAAAACUGAUAAAGAAGGAUGCUCCCGACUCCCAGCAUCACAUAGGCAUGGGGAUGGGACUGAGUGGACCAAGUGGAGGUCAUAGCCCCAAACCACAGGAUCAGCUGGGAUACUGCGCUAGUCUGGUUAGGGAUAUGCUGUCCAAGAAGCAUGCUGCUUACGCCUGGCCAUUCUACAAACCUGUUGAUGUGGCUGCACUGGGACUACACGAUUAUCACGAUAUCAUCAAAUAUCCAAUGGACCUCAGCUCCAUCAAGGCCAAGCUGGAGAAUAGGCAAUACCGAGAACCCCAGGAGUUUGCUGCUGACGUACGAUUAAUGUUUUCCAACUGCUACAAAUAUAAUCCACCAGACCACGAGGUGGUAGCUAUGGCACGCAAGCUACAGGAUGUCUUUGAGAUGCGCUUUGCCAAGAUGCCAGAUGAACCUGAGAGCAAGCCACUGAUUCCUGCCCCAGCUCCAACACUUCACCAUCCUGCCCCUGUUAAGCCCCAGCCUCCUUUGGCCCAUGUCGCCUCGUCUUCAGACAGCUCCAGUGACUCAUCCUCUGAGUCUGAGUCAUCCACAGAUGACUCGGAAGAGGAGAGAGCCCAGAGGUUGGCAGAGCUCCAGGAACAGUUGAAGGCUGUCCACGAGCAGCUGGCUGCCUUGUCCCAACCACAAGCCAGCAAACCAAAGAGAAAAGAGAAGGAAAAGAAGGAGAAGAAAAAAGAAAAGCAUAAGAAGAAAGGAGGCAUGUUGGGCCUUGUAGAUGAGAUCCAGGAUGCUACACCUGUUCCGCAGCUCUCUAAGAAGACCAAGACCAGCAACAAUAACAACAAAGAGGUCGUACCCAAGAAAAAACCCAGUAAAAAGGAAGGGAUGAAAAGCAAUCACCCCUUCAACCUGCUCCCGGUUUCUAGCCUGGAAGAAGAUUUGGGGACCGCUGGGUCAUCAGCUACAGGGGAAAAGUGCAAGCCUAUGACGUACGAGGAGAAGAGGCAGCUAAGCCUGGACAUCAACAAGCUUCCUGGUGACAAGCUCGGCCGUGUAGUGCACAUCAUCCAGUCCAGAGAGCCCUCACUCAAAAACUCAAACCCUGAUGAGAUCGAGAUUGACUUUGAGACGCUAAAGCCUUCCACUCUGCGCGAGCUGGAGAGAUAUGUGUCUUCCUGCCUCCGCAAGAAGAAAAAGGUUCCAGUUGAGAAGCCUGUGGAGUCAAUGGCUACCUCCAAAAAGACUGGAUCCUCUUCAGAGAGCAGCGGCUCCAGCACAGACAGCGAGGCUGAGGGGACAGGAAUAAUAAAGCAUCAGAAUCACAAGAAGAAGGGCCAGUCUGUGAAGGAGGGGAAGAAGACCCAUCCGCAUGUACACAUUCAGAGUGGCCCUGCUCAGACUGGGCUUCAUUCCCAAAUUGCAGGCCUUCAGUCCAGCAGUCAGAUGAAGCAGCAGCAUCAGCCAUCUCCUGCAGGCUUCAUUGCUCCCCCUGUAGCUGCUCUGGAGUCUUCCCAGUUACUGGAGACUAGCUUUGAGUCCCUGCCACCUUUUGGCCAGCCCCUUAUGCAUCUGUCCCACCACACAGGCAACUCCUCCUCACCCGCACCUCCACACCUCAACGCUCAUUCUGCGGGGCAAGUGUCCCCUGAGACGCACCCCUUCCUCAACCAGCAUCCCGUCCUCACAUCCCCAGCCUUGCACAUUUCCAUGCCUCAGCAGCCUUCUCGACCCAGUCACAAGGCAGCGCCUCUUCAUCCCAAACCCCCCCAGCAGCAAACAGCCCCUCCUCAGCAGCAGCCAACCCUGCAGCAGCAACAACUGCCUCAGCAGCAACUCCAGCCCCAGUCAGCACCACCACCACCACCACCACCACAACACCAGCUUUCCUCCCAGAUCCUCCACCCUCCUCAGCCCCUGCACCAGCGGCCCAUGUCCCCUCCAACACUCACACCCCAGGGCUUGCUGUCUUCCCAGCCUCCCCAGAUGCUGCUGGAGGAUGAUGAAGAGCCAGGGUCUACAACGCCUAUGAACCAAGUACAAUUAUACCUGCAGCAGUUCCAGCAAGCCCGUCAGCCCCAGCAGUCCAUGCAGUUGCUCCAGGCCCAGGCUCGUCAGCAGCAACAACAACAACAACAACAGCAGCAGCAGCAGCAGCAGCAGCAUCAACAACAACAACAACAACCAGGACAGAUCUCUCUUCUGCAGUCUGUCCAGGGACAAUCUCAACUCUCCUCUCAGACCACGCUGCCUCCUCCCCGGCUCCCUAUUCAGUCCCAGGCUCAGCCAGCCCCUUCACAUCAGGCCCCGCCCCAACAGAUUCCUCUACACCAGGCCCACCACAUGCAGCACACUCUGCCGCAGCAACAGCAGCCACAACAGCAACAACUGAACUACCAGCAGGGUCCUGGACUAGCUGGUCAGUCCCAGGGAUCACAACACAAGGUAUCCAUGCCCACCAACAAAGCACAGCAGAUCAUCCAGCAACAGCAAGAGCAGCCCUCCCCUCGCCCAACCAAGGCUGACCCUUACAACGCAGGUCACAUGAGGGACAACCCAUCCCCUCUCAUGAUGCAUUCCCCACAACUUCCCCAGUAUCCACCCGUGUCUCACCAGUCCCCACCUCACAACAUGCAGCCCAAAAAGCAGAGGGCCCCUGUGAGCCAUGGUGGGGUAAAGGAGGAGAAACUUCCUCCAUCACCAGUGAUACGAGGAGAGCCAUUUAACCCUGCAAUGAGACCAGACCAUCACAAACAUCCUGAUAACAAGCCUUCUCAACCAGGCCACGGCCAACAGAAUGUAAAGUCCAUGGACAGCUUGCGACCUGUCAUCCGCUCCUCCCAGUCCAGUGGCCCGCCCUCCUCUCUGCAAGACAAGGAUAAGUUCAAGCAGGAGUCAUGA